CCUUCCCGAGCGGCCGCUCGGACCGGCGGGAGCAGGGGCGGGCCCCUUUUGCUCCCGGCUUGCUGAUUGGCUCCAGCGCGCCGGUAGGCCCCGCCCCUCGCCGCUGCGUUCCGGGGAAGGGCGGGUACGAGCCCGCUCCGCGCGCUUCCCUUCGAUUGGCUGGCGUGCGGAGGUGGGCGUGUCCGCCAGCUCUGAUUGGCUGUCGCGCGGGGGUGGGGCGGGGCGCGGUUUCCCGGGAAAGCGGCGGCGGGAGCGGCGCCAUGGGCCCCGCGCGGGGCCGGGCGGGAGCGGCGGGAGCGCGGCGGCGGAGCGCCGGGAGCGCGGCCCCGCCCCAGGGGCCGAGCGGGAAGCGCGCGUCGCCCCGCGGAGGGGCCCCGGCGGCAGCGGCCGCCCGGCACCUCUUCAGCGACCCCGCUGAGGUGCAGGCCCUGCGCCGGAAUCUGCUCGCCUGGUACGACCGAUGCAAGCGGGACCUUCCCUGGAGGGCUCUGGCAGCGACGGAGCCAGACGCCGACAGACGGGGAUAUGCAGUGUGGGUGUCCGAGAUCAUGCUCCAGCAGACACAGGUGGCCACGGUGAUCGACUACUACACGCGCUGGAUGCAGAAGUGGCCGACGCUGCAGGCUCUGGCACAGGCAUCCCUGGAGGAGGUGAACCAGCUCUGGGCUGGCCUUGGCUACUACUCCAGAGGGAAGCGUCUGCAGGAAGGAGCAAGGAAGGUGGUGUCUGAGCUGGCUGGCCGGAUGCCCAGGACGGCUGAGGCCCUGCAGAAGCUGCUGCCGGGCGUGGGCCGGUACACGGCGGGAGCCAUCGCGUCCAUCUCCUACGGGCAGGCUACAGGAGUUGUGGAUGGGAAUGUGACCCGGGUCCUGUGCCGCCUGCGAUGCGUCGGUGCCGACUCCAGCAGCCCGGCUGUCAUCGACUGGCUCUGGGACAUGGCCAAUGUCCUGGUGGACAGGAGUCGCCCAGGGGAUUUUAACCAAGCCUUGAUGGAGCUGGGAGCAACUGUGUGUGUGCCCAAAUCCCCACUGUGCGGGGAGUGCCCGGUGAAGCAGCACUGCCAAGCAUGGCGCAGAGUGGAGAAGGAGCUGCCCUUCGCCUCUCAGAAGCUGCUUGGAAAAGCCCCCCCAGUGCCUGAUGUUGAGGACUGUGUUGGGGACUGUCCCCUGUGCCCCCCAGCCACGGAGCCGUGGGACAGCAGCCUGGGGGUGACCAACUUUCCCCGGAAAGCAGCGAAGAAGCCGCCGCGGGCGAUGCGGACGGCCACGUGUGUGCUGCAGCGGAGGGGCUGCCACAGGGCCCCAGAAUACCUCAUUGUGCAGAGACCCAGCUCGGGUCUCCUGGCUGGACUCUGGGAGUUCCCAAGUCUCCCGCUGGCUCAAGAUCUGCAGGAGGAGAAGGAGAGGGAGGAGCUGGCUGAUCACCUCCAGGCCUGGAUAGGGCAGCCCGUGGCAGCAGCAGGCCUGCAGUUUAUUGGAGAGGUCAUCCACAUCUUCUCCCACAUCCACCAGACGUACGUGGUCUACUCCCUGCACCUAGAUGGGGAUGUGACCCUGGACCCUGCCUUGUCCCCGUCCCGCUGGGUGACAGAGGAUGAGUUCCAUGCCUCUGCUGUGUCCACAGCCAUGAAGAAGGUGCUGAAAGCUCACGAGAAGCAGCGCAGGAAGGAGAGCAGCCCUGUCAAGGUGAGCAGUGCUCCAGGGUGCCUGGGGCCCAGUGCUGUGGGACAGCCUCUGGUGUGCUGUGCUGAAGGUGCCCUGGAGCUUGGGAUCAGGCCAAGGAGCAUCCCUAGCCUGUGGCAGGGGAACUUGCCUGACUGGAUGUCCCCAGUUCCCAGGGGCAUCCCUGGAAUCUGUGGGGGGUCUGGUUGAGCCCUGCUGUGUCUCCUGCAGGGCUCCAAGCGGAAGCGGGGGGCAAAGGCACAGGGAGCAGGCAGCCCCUGCCCUGGGACACAGCUCUCCAUCCACGCCUUUCUCCGGGCCCCGACGGGCCCGUGAGGCACUGACCUUCCUCAUGUGAGACACCAGAGCCCCUCGCUGGGCUCAGUCCUGCCCGGGGCCUGGCAGUGCUGUCCCUGUGCUGUAGCAAGCCCAGGACAUGGCACUACAAUGGUCUCUCACUCUUCCUUUCCCCUGCCUCCCCUGUGGUUGUGCCUGGAUGUGGCCACUGGUCCUGAUGUAAUUCUGGAGCCAGACUUGCCCUCCCUCCUUGGCUGGAGCCCUCCUGGGGCUACUCAGCCCCAUACUUUGGCACUGGGGACUCAGGGCAGCAGGGGUUUCUCUGCAGCAGUGGGAGCCACAUGGCUCCUGCAGCCCUGUCCCCUGCCUGCAUCUCAUGCCCCAGCCAGUGACUGGGGAUGCUGCUGUACCCUCCCUUGUUUUUACUGGACCUGAAAAUAAAUCUUAAGUUUGUGGGGUUUUUUAA